UAUAUAAAAGAUAAAUUAAGUGAGAUUUGUGGUGGUUCGGGCACAGAUGAUAUUCAAAAUUCCAUGUUUGAUUUUAAACUAAUUUUACUCGGAACCUGUACGUCAAAAACCGUGGUUUUCUGCAGUGUAUCAUGUAAACGGCGUGGAAGGGCUCAUUUUCAUUUAGUUGAGUGCAAGGGUGGUUUAAAGUGUUUGCAACAUUUAUUAAACGAUAAAGCAAUUCAUUCGACUGAAACGUAUUUCAACGCACCCGAGGUUCCAAGUGAAAAAAUCUAUGAUGAUAAAGUUUUAUGUUCUGCCUAUUGGUUCAACAAAAAAUGGAUUCCACCAGUAAAUGAAGCUGCUGGAAAUGGUGAACGAUUGUGUAAUACAUAUUGUGCUGAACAUGUUGAGAGAGAUAAAAACAAGAAUGUAGUGAAAGGUUCGGCAAAAGGAUUCUGUACACUAAAUGCCUGGCACAGCGGUGAUCAUGUGUUUCAGUGUCAAGAUAUUCAUUACGUAUUAGAAUUGUAUCCAGGAAUUGACGUUUGCUUUGUGAUCGAUACAACUGGAUCUAUGUCGCAGUAUUUUGAAAAAGUAAAAAAGGCAAUCAUUCGUGUUAUUGAAGACAACAAAAUCUACCUUCAAAAUUUAGGGAAAAAUACGUCAGAUUUUCGAUUUGCUGUUGUUGGCUGUCGCGAUCAUGAACCGGAAGAAGUAAUGUAUUCAUCACAAAAACAGUGUCAAGCUAGAAUUAAUAAUAAUGAAAUAUGUAAUCGUCCGCAUUUUGCAUUGUGUUUACAUUGUCAAAAUUUAUUAUGUCCUGAAUGUUUGAAUAACUCUCCGUGUCUAAGCCUGUUAUGCUUAUUUGUAAAACUUUUAGCGGGAUGUGUAACACAUAUCAGGUGGUUUUGUAACAGAUGUCUGCGUUUAUUAGCAGAUGGUGGAAAGUCGAGUGAAUUCAUAAUUGAUACGUUUAUACAUGGUGUUAUUUGUGAUACAUGUUGGGCACCAUCACUUAGUGUAUUUCUAAUUUUAUGUCGAGAAUCAUUAUUUCAGUUUAGCUUAGUCACAUGGGAAUUACAAAAGAUUACAGAUAUAAAAUUGAAUGAUAUUUACUUAUUCUCAUCUUUAAAAUUACAUACCAAUGAUUUGUAUCAUAUGCAUGGUAUAUGUGGAUAUAUCGAACGACGUUCAUUAUUACCACCGUGGAAUAUUACAGAAAAAUGGAAAAUAAAAAAUAUAAUUGAAGAAAACGAUUAUGGUAUUCUGUGUAUCCGCUCAAAUACAUAUUGUAUUGGAGCUGGUAUACGAGGAGAUUAUCAACAUGAAUGCGGUCGAAUCGAUACAUACGAUAAUAAUAUGAUUCGUUUAUGUCGUGGCUUAAAUUUGACUAUCACUAGUAAUGUAAUCAAUAUUAUUUAUCGACUAAUCCCAUUUGAAAAUGACAAACGGCUAUUCUGUGAUUCAUAUACAAGAGCUACAUGGUUGAAUAAAAAAAAUGAAAUGAAUAAAUGUGUUAAAUAUUGA